AUGGCGAGCCGUCUCAGACCUACCCUCCUCGAGGUGAUCUACGAGGACCAGACCUGUGGCAUCCCGAAUCGUACGAUCUAUAACAGUGUACUGUGUCUGCGAGACAUGGCCCAUGAGGCUUCGGAAAAAAAUCUGAACCUCAUCCUGAUCAACCUCGACCAAGAGAAAGCGUUUGAUUGCGUAAAUCGAGGCUUCCUCAUCAAGAUAAUGCAGAAAUUGAACUACGGACCCUCCUUUAUUCAUUGGAUCGAGACCCUUUAUUCUGAAGCGAACUGCCGCAUCAUAAAUAACGGCUGGCUCUCCGACCCGUUUCUCCUGAGAUAG